AUGCUUGGCGACGGCCAAAUCCUGCCGAAGAUUACCGUGAGUCGCUGCCAGCCUGCGGUUUUCAGUGACGAGCUUCUCGAUCUCCACGUGCUGCGUGGAGAGCUUGUGGGCCAUUAUCUGGUUAGGGGGCAGCAUUUCAAAGGGUGGGAAGCUGCCGCCAGGCGGGCGGGGGGCAGGUGGGUAUGGGUCAGGGUGGACCGAUGCAGGGCCCAAGUUGAGCGGGUGGCGGAGGUGGGGAGGAGGAACUCGGCCUUUGCUUUCACGGCCUUCACAAUUAGUUCAGACAAUUCAAUUAGAAUGUUUUUGAGGAAUCACAAACUAGACAAACUUCGUAUAUUAUAUCAUCUAAUAAUCGUGGCGGCCGAUCUGCUAACGCAUUGCGAUAAACGGAAUCCUUUCUUAAACUGCCUUACUCAACAAAAAUUCGCAAAGUCCUACAAUUCGCAUAGACAGAAACGAGAAAUCAGAAUGAAAAUGGGGCAGCGGUGGAAAAAUGAAAAUAGGAAACUGCCGUUCUACGAUAGUGACGACCUCAGAAAAUCUGUAAUUUCCUUAAAAUUAAAAUUCGAGAUCGGUGUAUCCUCGCUCGACGCCGUAGGCGACGGAGGUCAUGCUUGCGGUCGAGGUGGCGACGGCAAAAUCGCGGUGGUCGGAGUUCAGGUGGGGGCUGGGGAGGUCAGGGUUUUGAUGUGA